GUAAUGCACCUAAAACUUUAAAAUAAAGAGAGGAAGAAGAUGAAGAAGCCACCGGAAGCAUGCAACUGUCAGCUUUGGUACUUUGGUAACAACAGUCCAACGCUGCAUUUUUAAUGGAACAAAACAAGACCGGUCUGUAGAGCCAUUUCAUACAUUGCUAUGUGGUGAUCGCUGUUUGAGAGAGCAGCAUGGAUCCGUCUGAGUCCGAGGGAGUGGAUGCUGCCGGUCCCGCCCCAGAACAGAGUCCCAAACCCGAGCUUUCUGCAGCGAUGCGGGCUAAAAUCGAGCGGAACCGGCAGCGCGCGUUGAUGCUCCGGCAAGCCCGACUAGCGAGUCGCCCUUUGUCCGCUGUGGAGGGCGCAACUUCGGCCAAAGUCUCCAAGACCAUCGACUCCGGUGCCGGCUUCUUUAUCGAGGAGGAGGAGGAGGAUAAAGAGGAAGAGCAGAGGACCAGGAAGGUUGUGCAUCAGCCAGCUCCAGUGAUCGAGCCAGACUACCUGGUGUGCGAUGAUUGUCAAAAACCCUUUAUGGACUCGUACCUCAGCAACAGCUUUGACCUGGCUGUCUGUGACAAGUGCAGAGACAACGAGGAAAAGCAUAAACUGAUCUCUAGAACUGAGGCCAAGCAGCACUACCUGCUGAAGGACUGUGACCUGGACAAGAGAGAGCCUCCGCUCAGGUUUAUACUAAAGAAAAACCCUCAUAACUCACACUGGGGAGACAUGAAGCUCUACCUCAAACUACAGGUGGAGAAGAGAUGUAUGGAGGUGUGGGGCUCGGAGGAGGCCCUGCAGGAGGCCAGAGAGACGAGGGAAGAGAACAAAGAGGUGCAGAAACAAAAACGCUUCAACAAGAAGGUCAAAGAGCUGCGCAGGGCGGUGAGGAGCAGUAUGUGGACCAAAGACACCAGCGUCCACCAGCAUCAGUACGGACCAGAGGAGGUGGUGGAUCCGGAGGAGGACCUCUACAAGAAAACCUGCACCACCUGCGGACAGGAACUCACCUACGAGAAGAUGUAGACACUCUCACACACCAGCACUGACCGCUUACGGGUUCAGUCUACAAGGAGAUGUUUGUCAGCGAUGGUCAAAUGAAGCUUCGCAAACUACUGUCUUUACUUUCUGAG